AUGGCAUUCUUCACGCCCGCGCACGCCACCCCGCGCCCGACGCUCCCGCCCCUCCGGUCGCUCGACCUGCCCUACCCGCUCGCGCCGCACGCCUCCACUUCCACUUCCACUUCCUCUAACGACUCGAACGACUUCCAGUCCCCGGACCUGACCCACCCGCUCUUCCACCGCCCGCGCCAGGUCUCCGUCUCCUCCACGACCAGCUCCCGGCUCUCCGCCUCGCCCUCCCCGCCCCCCACCUCCCCAUCCGCGCUCUCCCUCUCCCCGCGCCCGCCCCCGCAACCCCAGCCCCCGAAAUUCCGGCUCGUCCCCGCCCCGCUCGCAUCCGCCGACGCCGUGCUCGUCGUCCCGCCCCCCUCCGCCUCGUCGCAGCCCGACCAGCCGCUGCUGCUGGUGGGCGACGCGCUGCGGCACGUGCGCGGGCCCGGGCGGGAGCUCGCCAAGGGCGCGCGGGUGCACCCGUACAAGAUCGUGCGCGAGCGGCGCACGCAGGGGAUGGUCGAAACGACGAAAUGA